AUGCGGCAGGACAAGCUGAGCGGCUCGCUGAGGCGCGGGGGACGAUGCCUGAAACGGCAGGGCGGCGGCGGUGGCGGCGGCGGUGUGGGCACCAUCCUGAGCAAUGUGCUCAAGAAACGGAGCUGCAUUUCCAGGACGGCGCCCCGGCUGCUCUGCACCCUGGAACCGGGAGUUGAUACAAAAUUGAAGUUCACUCUUGAGCCAUCCUUAGGUCAAAAUGGGUUUCAGCAGUGGUAUGAUGCUCUCAAGGCAGUUGCCAGACUAUCAACAGGGAUACCAAAGGAAUGGAGGCGAAAGGUUUGGUUGACCCUGGCAGAUCAUUAUUUGCACAGUAUUGCCAUUGACUGGGACAAAACAAUGCGUUUCACUUUCAAUGAAAGGAGUAAUCCUGAUGAUGAUUGUAUGGGAAUUCAGAUUGUCAAGGAUCUUCACCGUACGGGCUGUAGCUCCUACUGUGGCCAAGAGGCUGAGCAAGACAGGGUCGUUUUGAAGCGGGUGCUGCUGGCCUAUGCCCGGUGGAACAAGAAUGUUGGGUACUGUCAAGGCUUCAACAUUCUAGCUGCACUCAUUUUGGAAGUGAUGGAAGGCAAUGAAGGGGAUGCGCUGAAAAUUAUGAUUUACCUGAUUGAUAAGGUUCUUCCUGAAAGCUAUUUUGUAAAUAAUCUCCGGGCGUUGUCUGUGGAUAUGGCUGUCUUCAGGGACCUCUUGAGAUUGAAGCUCCCUGAAUUAUCUCAGCACCUUGAUACUCUGCAGAGAACUGCAAACAAAGAAAGUGGGGGAGGAUAUGAGCCCCCACUCACCAAUGUCUUCACCAUGCAGUGGUUUCUCACCCUCUUUGCCACGUGCCUCCCUAACCACACUGUUUUAAAGAUCUGGGAUUCUGUCUUCUUUGAAGGUUCAGAAAUCAUCCUAAGGGUGUCCCUGGCUAUUUGGGCAAAAUUGGCAGAGCAGAUAGAAUGUUGUGAAACGGCAGAUGAGUUCUACAGCACCAUGGGACGCCUUACCCAGGAGAUGCUGGAGGACGACCUUCUGCAGAGCCACGAACUCAUGCAGACUGUUUAUACCAUGGCUCCCUUUCCUUUCCCACAACUGGCAGAGUUGAGGGAAAAAUACACGUACAACAUCACACCAUUCCCAGCCACGGUUAAACCCACCUCCCUUCCUGGACGACAUGGCAAGGGAAGAGACAGUGAUGAGGAGAAUGACCUAGACGAUGAGGAUGCCGUCACCAAUGCUGUGGGAUGUCUUGGGCCUUUCAGUGGGCUCCUGGCACCAGAGCUGCAGAAGUAUCAAAAGCAGAUAAAAGAGCCCAAUGAGGAGCAGAAUCUGAGAUCUAACAACAUUGCAGAACUGAGUCCAGGGGCGAUCAAUUCGUGUCGUAGUGAUUACCACGCUGCAUUCAACAGUAUGAUGAUGGAACGCAUGACCACAGAUAUCAACGCUCUGAAGCGGCAGUACUCUCGAAUUAAAAAGAAGCAACAGCAGCAGAUCCAUCAAGUGUCCAUCAGAGCAGACAAAGGGCCAGUGACCAGCAUUCUUCCAUCUCAGGUAAACAAUUCUCCAGUUAUAAACCACCUUCUUUUAGGGAAGAAAAUGAAAAUGACAAAUAGAGCUGCCAAGAAUGCAGUCAUCCACAUUCCUGGCCAUGCUGGAGGCAAACUAUCUCCUGUCCCUUAUGAAGACCUGAAAACCAAGCUCAACUCUCCCUGGCGGACUCACAUCCGAGUCCACAAAAAGAACCUGCCGAGAACCAAGAGUCACCUGGGCUGUGGGGACACCAUAGGGCUGAUAGAAGAACAAAACGAGGGCUGUAAGACCAACAGCCUGGGCGCAGUGGAAGAGCUUUCCACCCGUUGUACAGCAACAACUCUCAGAGAAGACAGCAGUGCUGAAGGAGCCACCAUGCGGACAAUGGAAGGGCAUUGUCCAGAGCCAGGGCUUGGGGAUGGUGAUGUGGAUGUAGAUACAGUUCAGGUGAAGCUAGAAACCUUGGAACUGAACCAAGAGAACAUGGCUGAAACCGAGCCCAAGGUGAGGCAUAUCCAAGAGCCACCUGAUACUAUGCCAGGAGAGAACAAAGCCACCAGCAAAUCUCCCCAAGGCAGUCACUCCAAAACCCCCAUCUUUAGUCCUUUUCCUAGUGUCAAGCCACUGCGGAAAUCUGCCACCGCCAGGAAUUUGGGGUUAUAUGGCCCUACAGAAAGAACCCCAACGGUGCACUUCCCUCAGAUGAGUAGGAGCUUCAGCAAAUCCAGCCGCGGGAACAGUGGCACAAAGAAACGGUGAUGUCUCCCAGGGAUGUCUCCCAGUGAUUCGCAUCUGGACUCCCCUUGGCGUGGUGCCAUUCGUGUCCCAGCUGCGCCCUUCCACUCUUAUCCUCCAGUGAAGACCAAAAGAAUUUCAGCAGUGAGUGACAGCAGCCCCUCAAAAUGGGAGCCGGAAGUUCUGUGAUGGGAGCUGGAGUUGGGAAGUUUCUCC